AUGUGCCCAGAUUUCUGCUGCGACAGCGUCAAUUCUUGCCAAAAACUCAUCAGGUACGAGGCUGGUUCAAACGAGAGAAUUGUGUAUGAAAAAUCCAGCCCUAACUUUUCUCACAAAGAACUACCCACAGUCCCAGCAUCACUUGCGUAUGAAUGCUUGCGAUCCGUACCGAACAAGCCUGAGCCGGCCAUGCAACUUGUGAAGAGCUUGAAGGCAUUCGUCCAAUGGCAAAGCACACUGGCAUUUUUAAAGGAUCCCCCGCCAUCUUACAUGUUCCCACCAACGGAUAUCGAGGCAGGUCUGGACAAUCUUUCUGCAACUGCAGCAGCCGGAGGUUUCGCGAGCGAGUAUGAUUUCCAGCUUGGUGUCGUUACGCUAUUUGCUACUGCACAUGAUGGGCACUUCGGAUAUCGUCCCGAUGUCUUCAAAGCAUUUGGAUUCAGGAAUACGCUCGCCUCGGAUAUUGUUUCCGUAUCCAAGGAUGGGAAAGAGGUGCCGAAGCUGUAUCACUUGGCCGCCCUCACCAGCAACAUGACGGCACCUGCAAUCACAAAGAUCAACGGUCAAGAUGCUGCAGCUUUCAUUAAUGCACUGAAUCUCAAAUUUAAUAAUUUCCAAGACCCUGACUCGAUGUGGAAUACCCAAUUCCCCUCCUAUGCCAGUCCAGAUGCGGAGCUCACCGUGGCUGCAUCGCUCGCAUUUCAGGGAUCGAAUGUAACCCUCACCUACGAUAACGGUCAGGAGAAAUCACAAGAGAGUUUUGCAGUCUUUCGUGCCGGCGCAAACUUUACAGGUGUAAAGACUGGGGAAGACUUCUACAACAGGUUCUGCAAUCCCAAUGCAACUCAAACAGUUGUGGCCGCACCACCAGCACCACCAGCCAAUACCACCACCGCACUUCCCAAGCUGGCGCCAACUAUUCAAGGCUAUCCAUUCCCAGUAGUUCGUGACAGCGGGGCCAACACGACCUCUGGCUACUUUCUGAACGGAACUGGAUAUGACAACGUCGCCGUACUCUCGGUCUUGGGUUUCUCGCCUGCUGGUGACAUAGGUGCGGUCGAGUAUUUGAGCAACUUUCAGUCUACGGUCUCAUCGUUCCUGUCUCAGUCCAAGGCAGCAGGAAAAACUAGGCUCGUUGUUGACGUUUCUGCUAAUGGUGGUGGCUUCGUGAUUGCUGGAUUUGAACUCUUUUCCCAGCUAUUUCCUGACGCCCCGAAAUUCCAAGCAGAUAAUCUUCGUCUCGCAGACAGCCUCGUCAAAAUUUCCCGAAUCACGGAUUCUAUCCCGAACAACUUUACCGCUACGACAACAGCACAGAAGAGCGCCAUUCUAGCCCUCCAAAAUAGCGCCGUUGUCAGUAACCUCGUACCAGGCGGCGUCUUCUCCCCCGAGGGCAACAGAUUCAGCACAGUCGAUCAGAUUCUCGCCCCAGUAUCUCUGAAAGGCGAUGUCUUCACCGCAUACCAGCAAGCACCACUCAACGAAACGGACCCUCAAUUCAACCUUACGGGCGUAGGGAGCCGCGCCAAUCCUCCACCUGCGGUCUUCAAGCCCGAAAAUGUGGUGAUCCUAACAGACGGCACCUGCGGCUCAACCUGUACGAUCUUCUCCUACCUCAUGAUUCUCCAACUCAAUGUAACAACGACCGUCAUCGGCGGCCGUCCAAUGACCGGACCAAUGCAAUCCAUCGCCGGCGUAGAAGGUGCUCAAGUCUUCCCCCUCGACGAACUCUCGGACGCGGCCGCCGCCGUUAUAGCCCUCUCCCCCAAAUCCGAACAAGCCGCACUCCAGUCCAGCGAGCUGGGCGUCCUCGCCGAUGGCUACGCACUCAAACGCCUCACCAGCACCGCAUUCGCGGGCUCUGUGAAUGGUAAGAAUGCUUUCGCCGCCAAGGAUUCCCAGACCCCGUUGCAGUUCCUGUACCAGCCUGCGAAUUGUAGGAUUUUCUAUACCAAGGAGAUGAUUUUCAGUCCCGAGGCGGUGUGGAAGAGGACUGUGGAUGCUACUUGGACGGACCCAGCGGCGAACUGUGUAGAGGGGAGUAGGGUGCCGGUCAAUGGGAGUAUGGGUCUUGAUCCACUGUUUCGGAUGGGGGUUAAUGCUAUGGGGGAGACGUUUGGCGGGGCGGCGAGAGUUGGAGGAGGGAGUCUGGGGUUGAUGGUAGGUUCUGCAGUUUCAACGGUUGUGCUGGGUUUCUUGUAG